UGCUUCAGCGAUUCAGCCAACCUUGCAAGUUGCAGCCAACCAUGGCGCGCUGCUCCCACGCGAAGCCGUUCUGCGCCACCGCGACUCCCCGCCUCUCACGCCGCCGCCGGCAUCUCUCCGCGAACGCCACUUCCCCGGCCAGUUCCACCAGCAAGCCACGGUUCCCGGCCCUAAACAAACCGGCCAAACCGCCGCCGCCGCCUCUCCUCUCGCGCCCGAAGCUCCCCGUCCCCAACCUCACCACCACCGACACCGCCGACGACAAGGACUGCACCAAGAAGCCACCGCCGGAAUCCGCUGCCGCGCCUCCGUCCUCGUCGGGCGCCGGCGACGUUCUCCGCCUGAUGGACGCGCUCGGCCUCCCGCCCGACGAGGACGUCUACAUCUCCCUCCUCAGGGACUGCGCCAGCUCCGCGGAGGUCGCCGCGGUGCACGCGCACCUCGCGCGCCGCUGCGCCUGCGCCCCCGCCGGCGGUGGCCUCCCGCUGCCGCUCUCCAACCGGGUGCUGCUCUCCUACGCAGCGUGCGGGGACAUCGGGGCCGCCCGCCGGGUGUUCGACGAAAUGCCGGCCAGGAACAGCAUGGCGUGGGCGACCAUGGUCUCGGCUUACUCGGACGCGCGCUUCCACCACGACGCGAUGCGCCUGUUCGCGCUCAUGUGCCACGAAGCCCGGGACCUCACCGGUGACGGCUUCGCCCACGCCACUGUGGCCGUGCUGCGGUCGUGCACCCGCGCGGGCGAGCUGCGUCUCGGCGAGCAGGUGCAGGCGCUUGUCGUCAAGGAAGGCAGGGUCUGUGGCGACAUCGGCAGCGCACUGGUGCAGCUCUACUGUGAGAGCGGCAGCCUUCACAGAAGAGCACGGCAAGUGCUCGCGAUGAUGAUGGAGCGCCACUGCCAUGAAACCGUUCCCGAAGCAGCCUGGACGAGCCUGAUCACGGCCUGCCACCGGGACGGCCUGCUGGACGAGGCCACCGACGUCUUCAGGGACAUGGCGUCCGCCGGCGUUCCCAGGAGCAGCUUCUCGCUGUCGAGCAUCCUCGCCGUGUUUGCCGAGUCAGAGAACCAGCAGCACCAAGGGUGCUGCGGGGAGCAGGUGCACGCCGACACCAUCAAGCGCGGGGUGGACACGAACCAGUUCGUCGGCUCUGGGUUGGUGCACAUGUACGCGAAGCAAGGGCGGCUGGCGGACGCCGCCAGGGCGUUCGAGGCGAUCGGUGGCAGGCCCGACGCGGUGUGCUGGAACGCCAUGGCCAUGGCGUAUGCUCGCGGCGGACGGUACAAGCAGGCCGCGCGAGUCAUGUACCAGAUGAAAGCUGCCGGGAUGAACCCUUCUGAGGAGAUGACGGAUGCGGUUAGGUUGGCCUGUUUCAGAUGAAUAUGAACUGCCAAAGUGAGUUACUUGACUCGGUCAGUGUACACUAACACACCCUAUGGGAUUCAGAAAAGAGUAUCAAUAAAUUAAUUCCUCCAGUAACAGCAUUUGUAUACUACCUAUGACUAUCGAUGUUUUGUAGACGUAUAAUUUGCAGCAGGCCCGACUCACUAAUCAUUA